AUGACGAAAGUGAUUCUGGGAACAUCAGUAGUACUUCUUGAUUAUACGUCCCAAGUCUGCUUUAAUCCAUGUGAAGCACUCAUGUCAGACUUCAUGAAACGAGCUGGGAACCCUGGCCGGGGAUUCCUUGUUUACUCUGCUAUGUUGAGUCUUGGCUCAUGCAUUGGCUAUCUUGUGUCAUCAAUCAACUGGAGGGGCUAUUUUCCUUCUCUUCCAGUCACUCAGGAAGGGAUGGCUUUCUAUGUUCCUUUUGGAUUAUCUGUCAUUUGUGUUAUGCUGACUAUGGUGACUGCUCAAGAGAAGACACAGAGCUCAUGCAUGCCAUCCAGAAGAGAGAGCAGUGAUGAAGAUGCACUUUCUGUGAUGUCCAUGCCCAUGAACAAGGUUGAAGAGAAGAACCUUGAGAAUCCUCAUCCCAUGAGGAAUGGUCAGGUGCUAUAUGGGCCAGUGAAGACAUUGUACACAGUAUGGUCAUGUCCUUUGGUCCUGUGGCGGUUAUUCCUUGCUGAUCUGCUCUGCUGGACGGCCAUCAUGUGCCAUUUCAUUUUCUACACUGAUUUCAUGGGUCAGACUGUAUACAAAGGAGAUCCAGAUGCUACACCAGGCUCCAUACUUGCAGAAAAGUAUGAUGAAGGGGUUCGGAUGGGAUCUUGGGGUUUAUUCCUUCACUGUCUCUUUGGUUUCAUCCAAAAAAGUGUGAUUUCCCUGAUUGGUCUUCGGAGCACAUAUCUCUUGGGGAUGUGCAUUUUCUCAUUGUCAAUGGUGCUGACUAUGUUUGUCACAGACAAUGUUUUCCUCAUCAACGUUUUGGCAGCCAUCUCUGGUGUGGGCUAUUCUGCUGUCACUACAGUUCCUAAUUCCUUGCUCACCAUGUAUCAUGCCAAAAAAGAGAUCUAUCUGUCAGACACAAAGAUGGUUCAAGGGAAGUCUGGGAAGAGAAGAGGUGUGGCAACUGAUUUAGCAGUUCUGGAUUCAGCCUUCUACCUAUCUCAGAUCAUCCUCUCACUCUCUGUGGGCUACCUGGUUGAUCUUUUCCAUAGUUGCAUCCUCUACAUGAUUGUGUCAGCUGGUGCUGGUUUCAUCGGUAUCAUCCUUGCAUCUCGUCUAAUCUUUUCUCCUGUUCAACUGGAACAGUACUAUUACAAGGACAUACUGUCAGCCAACUCUGGUUCCAAUCUCUCUGCCCGUGCUCCUCCUGGUCCUCCUCCUUACCUGACCUUGUUCCAUUAUGCUACAGAGCCUCACUUUUCUUUUACAUUUUGGAUCUCACAUUUGGGAUACAUGAAGGCCGAGAAUCGAGAUCGGGACUCAGUUGGAGAG